GCAUUGUGGGUUUUUGUUGUGGUUCUAUAGCGAGAAACACAGAGGGCACUGCUUGUUUGUGCUCAUGCAGGAUGCAGGUGUCUAUUACUGUGCGAUGCCGGCUUGCUCUGCUGAUUCUGACUCUUGCUGUUUGUGAUGUCAGAAAUGCAAAUGGUUCUCAGUUUGCCUCCCCUGGCUCCACAAAAGGAGGAAGUGCUCGUUACCAUGACACUUCUGACAAAAUUGAGCCAUUGAAAGCUGGACCUGUUCAAAAUGGCAACAUGCACUCUGCUGGCAGUGCUCAGCCCAGAUAUAGUGGAUACUACCAACCAUUUCAACCUAGUUCCUUUCCAGUGGUUAGGGAACAAGCUGCAGACACCAGAUACAAGCCUCCGUCUCCUUCCCAAUCUGUUCCCACAGGGAAGAAACAUGUGCAGAGCAGCUACCAGUCACUCCACAGAGAGAGUGUGUACUCAAGACCAGCUCAAACUACAGUAGGCAGGUAUGAGCCUCCUUCUGCUUCAAAGCCUACCCAGACAGGCUACCGUCCCAUGCAGAGCAGCAACCAACCAAGCCUUAGCCAGCCUAAGAAAAACUACAAACCAGGUGUGAUUGGCCAGAGCACCAGCAGUGUGAUCCAAGGUGGUAGACAAUUGCGUCAAAGUGGCUUUCCACCAGUGCAGGGCCAGCACAGCCAAGGUCGGCAAAGUUCCCAGAUAAGACCAAAGCCAGGAAGGCUAAUAGACCCUGCUUCCUUCAAGCCAUUAUCUGCUCCGUCAGUCCAGGGAGUUGACAAGCCCUUACCUCAGAGCCACUCUUCCCCAUCUGGUCAGAGCUUUAGCCAGGCUCCUGAGACUGCACAGACAAUGUACAAACCUACACAGACCAACUAUCAGCCAUACCAGGGCAAGAGGAACCAGCAGUUUCGACUGCCAUCUAUUGCAAGCACCCAGGAGGUGGCAUCUCCAGCCAAGCCAAUGCACUCUGCUGGCAGCGCUCAGCCCAGAUCUAGUGGAUACUACCAACUAUUUCAGAGUAGUUCCUUUCCAGUGGUUAGGGAACAAGCUGCAGACACCAGAUACAAGCCUCCGUCUCCUUCCCAAACUGUUCCCACAGGGAAGAAACAUGUGCAGAGCAGCUACCAGUCACUCCACAGAGAGAGCCUGUACUCAAGACCAGCUCAAACUACAGUAGGCAGGUAUGAGCCUCCUUCUGCUUCAAAGCCUACCCAGACAGGCUACCGUCCCAUGCAGAGCAGCAACCAACCAAGCCUUAGCCAGCCUAAGAAAAACUACAAACCAGGUGUGAUUGGCCAGAGCACCAGCAGUGUGAUCCAAGGUGGUAGACAAUUGCGUCAAAGUGGCUUUCCACCAGUGCAGGGCCAGCACAGCCAAGGUCGGCAAAGUUCCCAGAUAAGACCAAAGCCAGGAAGGCUAAUAGACCCUGCAUCCUUCAAGCCAUUAUCUGCUCCGUCAGUCCAGGGAGUUGACAAGCCCUUACCUCAGAGCCACUCUUCCCCAUCUGGUCAGAGCUUUAGCCAGGCUCCUGAGACUGCACAGACAAUGUACAAACCUACACAGACCAACUAUCAGCCAUACCAGGGCAAGAGGAACCAGCAGUUUCGACUGCCAUCUAUUGCAAGCACCCAGGAGGUGGCAUCUCCAGCCAAGCCAAUGCACUCUGCUGGCAGCGCUCAGCCCAGAUCUAGUGGAUACUACCAACUAUUUCAGAGUAGUUCCUUUCCAGUGGUUAGGGAACAAGCUGCAGACACCAGAUACAAGCCUCCGUCUCCUUCCCAAACUGUUCCCACAGGGAAGAAACAUGUGCAGAGCAGCUACCAGUCACUCCACAGAGAGAGUGUGUACUCAAGACCAGCUCAAACUACAGUAGGCAGGUAUGAGCCUCCUUUUGCUUCAAAGCCUACCCAGACAGGCUACCGUCCCAUGCAGAGCAGCAACCAAUCAAGCCUUAGCCAGCCUAAGAAAGACUACAAACCAGGUGUGAUUGGCCAGAGCACCAGCAGUGUGAUCCAAGGUGGUAGACAAUUGCGUCAAAGUGGCUUUCCACCAGUAGAGGGCCAGCACAGCGAAGGUCGGCCAAGUUCCCAGAUAAGACCAAAGCCAGGAAGGCUAAUAGACCCUGGUUCCUACAAGCCACCGUCUGCUCCGUCAGUCCAGGGAGUUGACAAGCCCUUACCUCAGAGCCACUCUUCCCCAUCUGGUCAGAGCUUUAGCCAGGCUCCUGAGACUGCACAGACAAUGUACAAACCUACACAGACUAACUAUCAGCCAUACCAGGUCAAGAGGAACCAGCAGUUUCAACUGCCAUCUAUUGCAAGCACCCAGGAGGUGGCAUCUCCAGCCAAGCCAGUGCAGGGUUGGCAUCAGCAGGCGCGUCCAGUUUCCGGUGCUUGUUCCAAGCCUCAGUCCCAGAGUGUUCUGUGCUGCAUUUUAUUUCGGCUGGAAAGACCUGGGGCUGAGAACAAUCAACCAUUCCAUGGGUGGUUUGACCCACAGUGGGCAUCCCAGCAAUUUGAGCAUACUCUGACCCAAGCUGCCCCUGCCAAGCCAGUCCAGGGUUCUCAACAACAUUCUCCAGCAGUUUCUAGUUCUUAUCCAUAUUCCAGUCCUGUGCAUAGCCUCCAGACACCUAAACCAGUACAACACAACAACCAGUCCUUCCAGGGUGGGUUUCCAGCAGGUUCUACACUCCAACAUGCUGAGGGUACCCAGAAGUUGGAAUAUGCUGUGCCGCCAGGCCUGACUUGGCUUCAACAGUCUCCUGCAGUUUUUAGCUCUGUGGUCCAACAGGCUGAGAACCCUCAGAAGAGGCCGUAUCCAGCAAAGGAUUUCCAGGGUUGGCAACAGCAGUCUCCUUCUGUUCCUACCACUGGUCUGGAUUCCAAGCCUGGACAGAGCCUUCAGACCCCUCAGCAAGGGCAUGGCAUCUACCAGUCAUUCCAGAGCAUAUUCACAGAAGAAACUGCAUCUCAGUCCCCUGAAAGUGCCUGGAAACCAGCAUCUGCUAAUCCAGAACAGAGCUGGCAUCAACCAUUCCCUCCAUUUUCCUACAAUGCACAAGACUUUAAGCCAGUCCAAAUCAAGUCAAAUGUAGAAGAAACUGUAUCUCAGUCCCCUGAAAGUGCCUGGGAACCAGCAUCUGCUAAUCCAGAACAGAGUUGGCAUCAACCAUUCCCUCUGGUUUCCUACAAUGCACAAGACUUUAAGCCAGUCCAAAUCAAGUCAAAUGUAGAAGAAACUGUAUCUCAGUCCCCUGAAAGUGCCUGGAAACCAGCAUCUGCUAAUCCAGAACAGAGUUGGCAUCAACCAUUCCCUCUGGUUUCCUACAAUGCACAAGACUUUAAGCCAGUCCAAGUCAAGUCAAAUGUAUUUAUAGUCAGCAACCCCCUCAUGCGCCCAAAACGUCUGCAUAUUCUCCGCAGUCUUCUGGGUACAGUUUCUCCCACGGUACAUCUUCAGGCAACUUUGGUUCAACUGUUGGUCGGACAAAGAGCUAAAGGGUAUGUUGGUUUUAAUGGAAGUAUCCAUACCGUUGAGCCAUGUCGGUGUUUGCAUUCCCUUUUCUUUAUGUCUAGACUUUGCUGCUUGAAAUGACAUUUCAAUAAACCUCUUUGACUAUA